CUCGCCGCCCGUCACGCUUCCCCCGCCUUCCGGCGGUAAGCGAGAGGACGAGGCAGACGCUGCCCGACCCAGCCCGGCCGCUCGCGGCAUCGCUUCCCAAAGAGGCAGGGCUGUGGUGAGAGACGAGACGCCUACUGCCCUCGCUGCCGGAGCACCGCGCCACGGGCGGGUAAAGCUGCAGCGCGCUCCGGGCGCUACAAGGAGAAAACAUCUCUGUGAUCUCAGUCUGUUGAAAUAUGGAAUCUAUUUCUAUGUUGGGAAGCCCUAAAUACUUAAAUGAAACUUUCUUGCCAAAUGGUGUAAAUGGUAUCAAAGACACCAGUAAGAUCACAAUAGGAAUAAUUGGAAGUGGGGACUUCGCUAAAUCCCUGACAAUUAGGCUUAUUAGGUGUGGGUACCAUGUGGUCAUAGGAAGCAGGAACCCUAAGUUUGCUGCUGAGUUCUUUCCGCAUGUGGUUGAUGUCACUCAUCAUGAAGAUGCUGUAGCAAAAGCGAGUUUAAUUUUUGUUGCCAUACACAGAGAGCACUAUGCUGCUUUGUGGGACCUCAAACAUCUCCUUGUUGGUAAAAUCCUUGUUGAUGUCAGCAAUAACAUGAGAGUCAACCAGUAUCCAGAAUCCAAUGCAGAAUAUCUGGCAUCCCUUUUCCCAGAUUCCCUUGUUGUCAAAGGAUUCAAUGUCAUUUCAGCCUGGGCACUGCAGUUAGGACCAAAGGAUGCUAGCAGGCAGGUCUAUAUAUGCAGUAAUAGUGUUCAAGCUCGCCAUCAAGUUAUGGAACUUGCCCAUCAACUCAAUUUUAUUCCUCUUGAUUUGGGUGCUUUGUCAUCUGCAAGGGAAAUUGAAAAUUUACCUCUUCGACUGUUCACACUGUGGAAAGGCCCAGUAAUAGUGGCUGUCAGCCUGGCUACCUUCUUUUUCAUCUAUUCUUUCAUUAGAGAUGUAAUACAUCCUUAUGUUAGGAACCAGCAGAGUGAUUUCUACAAAAUUCCUAUCGAGAUUGUGAAUAAGACAUUGCCAGUUGUUUCUAUCACUUUAUUGUCUCUAGUAUAUUUAUCAGGGCUUCUUGCAGCUGCUUAUCAACUUUAUUAUGGCACUAAAUACAAACGGUUUCCACCCUGGCUGGAGAGCUGGUUGCAGUGCAGAAAACAGCUUGGACUGCUUAGUUUUUUCUUUGCAACAGUUCAUGUGGUUUACAGCCUCUGCUUGCCUAUGAGGAGGUCAGAACGGUACUUAUUCCUAAAUAUGGCAUAUCAGCAGGUCCAUGCAAAUGUUGAAAAUUCAUGGAAUGAAGAAGAAGUAUGGCGAAUUGAAAUGUAUAUCUCAUUUGGAAUAAUGAGUCUUGGGCUGCUUUCUCUGCUGGCUGUAACUUCUAUUCCUUCAGUAAAUCGAUCAUUAAAUUGGAGGGAAUUCAGUUUUAUUCAGUCUACCCUUGGAUACGUCGCUCUGCUCAUAAGUACUUUCCAUGUAUUAAUUUAUGGGUGGAAAAGAGCUUUCGAAGAAGAAUACUACAGAUUUUACACGCCACCAAAUUUUGUUCUUGCACUUGUCUUGCCAUGUAUAGUCAUUCUAGGCAAGGUAAUUUUGCUUCUGCCAUGUGUAAACAGGAAGUUGAGACGGAUAAGAAGAGGAUGGGAAAAAAAAUAUUUUAUUGAAGAUAGAAGUGGAACUGGUUCAUUUCCCUCACCAGAAAGGAUUACAGUCAUGUGAUUGUACACUGCCAUUAUUAACUCUGUCAGCAUGAUCCUUUCAAAGUUCUUUAGUUCAUACAGGCUUUUUUGUAGAAAAAAGCUAGCCUACGGCAAUAUGUAAUUUAGGGGGUCAGUUAUCAGGAAAUGAGCAACAUGUGAUCAAGGCAGAUGUAAUUUUUUAAAUGUAGUAGAAAUGGUCUAAAUGUGUAUUUGCUGCAUUCUGAGCAACCUGUUUUCUGAGUACAGAAAAUUUGUUCACACCAGUAUUGCCAUACUUAGGCUUCAGUCCUAAAUAGACUUAUUAGAGCAGCCUUCCCAAACCUGGUACCCUCCUGAUGUUACAGUUCAUGACACCUGGAGGGCACCAGGCUGAGAGAAGGGUACCCUAGAGAAUCAGCUCCAUGCAACUCAUUGGGGUUCACUUAUGCAUAAACCUGCCUAAGAUUGCACUAUUUUGUUACAUCUCUCAUAAGUAGGGAUGCCAAACUCAAGGCUGGAGGAAAGUUAUAUUAAGAACGUAAGGAGAGCUGUGCUAGUUCAGUUCUUUCAGGUCUAUCUGGCCCAGCUUUUUGCUCAUAUGGUGGCCUACCAAACACCUGUUGGAAGCAUCCUCUCAUAUGGGCACCCCAGCAACACAUACUGAGAGGCAUACUUGCUCUGAUACUGAAAGUCAUAUAUAGCCACUGUGACUACUAGCCAUUGAUAACUCUGCCCUAAAUGAAUUUCUCCAAUCUACUUUUAAAGUUUCCAAAGUGGUGAUCAUUGUUAUAUUUUGUGGGAGCACAUUUUUUAGUUCCUGUGGAUUGCAUGAAGAAAUAAUUAUCUGGAAUGAAUCUCUCAAAUCCUGCACAAAUCCUGUGGCUUCUUCUGCCUUUCUAGCCUUUCCCUAUGACAUUCUUGGAGCACAUGAGGACUGAUAGCACAUUCUGGGCUUAACACCAAGCAUCCUUUCACAGCUGCCAGGGCUCUGGCAUGACCCAUAGUUGAUCCUUGCCCUGCCUGCACAACUGCAUUUUUUUCUGGCCCAGCUUUUUCGCCAUUCCAUAGAUUUCCCACCAUGCCCAUGAGCUAGCAUUGUUCUGGGGCAGUUUUCCCCAGUCUUGUGCCUUCCUGACACAUUUGGACUGCAACACCCAGAAUUGCCACUCAAUGACCCUGCUGGAUGGGAAUUCUGGGAGUUGGGGUCCAAAUGCCUCUGAAGGCCACCAGGUUGGAGAAAGCUGUUCUAGGGCAUUGUGGGUAUUUAAAAGGGUGACCAGGUACAAUUUUUCAGAGCCUCUUGGUUUGCUGCCCUGGCAGCAAAGCAAGUCCAUCAAAUCUUAUUGACAAAGUAGGCUUUGCCCAGAACCCUUCAGAUCUGGAGCCAGUUCUGAUAGGAUGAACAAAAGAUCUGGAGGAAAAGGUGCAAUUGUAUUAUUGCCUGUCUCAUCAGGAGACUGGAAAGUACACAAUUGCUCUCUAGCUUUGAAUCCAGCAGCACUCAUUUUCACCCAUAAUUUCCACACUGAAUUUGAAUAACAAUGACACUAGACCACAAUGAAUGGUCUGCCCAAUUAAAAACAAUCUUAAACUGUUUUUUGAUUUCUAUUAGAUGAAAGACACCCAAGUUAAACAGGGGUAAUCACUUGGCAGAACAAAUCAAAGGUACAGCUUCUGAGGGCAAAACUAGAUGUGAUCUAUUUCAAAUAACACAUAAAGCAAGAAGUGGAAAUCCAGCUUUUUCAAAGAAAAGGGGCAAACAGGUAGGAGAAUAUUAAACCUUUUGUGCCAGGGCUUAAUUACCCACAGUAUGUUCUCCCAGCUAAAGCUCUGGAACUGAAUACUGAGUUCAGCUGAGAGAAUAUAUAUUGUAUUAGUUCUUUCUAAUAUUAAUGCUCUAUCUACAAAAUAACAUUAAAAACCAGUAUUUUUAUUUACCAGACUCAGAAGUGAGGCUUUCACUAUUCUAUUUAAUGUACAGUAAGGUUUUUACAAAAGUAAUGUAUUUACACCUGUUCCUCAUUCAUAAACCAUAGUGGAUGCGGCUGCAAAUAGUCUGCAAAGAACUGAUCCCAAGGCUUCCUUCCAUGUGCUUAAGUUUUCACUGUAUGUCCUUGUUGAAGCAGGUGAAAGCCAUUAGAGAUGCAGAGUAAUGGAUUCAAAAGUAGGUGCAUCCAGGACUCUGCAAACCUCUGUAUCCUUAUAUAAGAUGCAUCUUGAUGUAGAUAAAAAUUCACAAGUUCACUGACAGAAACUAUUGCAAAAGGUUUCCCUUGCUCUGCGUAAUCAUAUACAGUAUCUUCUCCCAUUCAUUACAUUCUUGACUGAGGCCUUUUGAACACUAAGCUUAGAGAAAUUUUAAUAUUUUAAUAACCUAUCAUAAUUGAAAAAUAGAUAUUUUUGUGAUGUGUAUUGGGGUUUUAUUGGCUACUUGUAAUGUUUUACUCUGACUUGCUUAAACUUUUUAAUGUGCUUUACAUUGCACAAAUUCUAUUUUGUUUGCCUCUGUAAAAACAAAAUCAGCUUCUGCAAUGUGUGUGCUAAAAAUGCAAAUAUUUUUAUCACUUUGUUAUGGAUUGAUAAUCUUAUACAUCUGACAUUCCACUGUGAAACUUAAAUUCCAGGCUUCUAGAAUUACAAAUAAGACAAAAAACUUUUGAUUACUACUUUAUGUUUUUGCUGAAUUAUUAGUUUAUUCACUGUCAAGGUUUGUUCCCACUGCUGCUAUUUAAAGCUAGCCUAAGUAGUCAAAUAAAUGUAUAGUCAAUAUAAAUAUAACUUCUCUGCAAGUCAUCAGAAAAAAUACAGUUCAUCUCAGUGUAUUUAUGGAAUAUUUGUAUAAUAUUUUGUUUGGGGAAUGUCUGACUGGAUUCACACACAACCCAUAUUCUGAAAGCUAAAUUAUCCAUUACACUGAGGGAGAGGUCCCUUGGGGAUUCUGCCCAGAGGGAGAAGAGAUUUAAGCCCUUCCCGGUUGCGAUUCCAGUGAAAAUUCAUACUACUCCCCUUGCUUCCCACAGAUAGCGGAAAGAAAAUAUUUGGCCUGGUUUAUAGCUGGGAAGGGAAGAGUUAAAGCUCUCCUCCCAAGUACUGUGAAGCUAAUGGGAAUGGGGAAAGGGAGUACAUGCAGGUACUUUCUAAUGAUGCAUUGGCACCCUCUUGAAUUUGAAUGGCAAUUAUUUUCGACUGCUGUCAGAAUAUUAAUAUUACAUGGGAUAUGCAUUAGUUAGGAAGCAUCGUAAUAGUUUAUGUUAAGAGAAAUAAAUGAUGUGAGCGAAGGCAUAUAUAUGAGUUUUAUUAUUAAAGACACAUAUUCCACUUGUAGUGUUUAAAAUCCAUAGUACUUAAUUUCAAUAUUGCAACUACUCUUGCUUUAGAAAUACAAAGAAAAUUAAUGUUUGCAUAACUAGCCACAGUGAACUUGCUUUUCUAGCUAUAGGUAGAUGCAAAGCUGAAGCUUCAACUAAGGUAUGUUUUUAUUAUUUAAAGUAGUGGAACAUACAGGACAAAUCCCAAUACAAAGCUUAUGAACUAAGGUAUUGUGCAUAUGAAUUACUUCAAUUUUCUUCAGUAAGAUUUUCAAGUGCCUCAGGUUACACAAUUCUUAAUAAAAAUAAUUCUUGCAUAGUAAAUACACAUACACUCAUGCAUGUACAUACACACACACACACACCAACCAUUAAAGCAUGUCAAGAAUAACCUAAAACCUGUUAUUUCUAUAUGAAGAACAUGUGAAGAAACAUGUUUAGACAAAUUGGUUAGUACUUUCAACUGUACUUGGUUAUUAUACAUCAAUCAUACUUUAUUUUUGUUUUUGAAUGGGAACUUUAAAAACUCAGACUGUUAUAAAUAUAUAAUAGAUUUUCACCAAACCAGGAAGAGAAAGACUUCAGUUUCCAUUAUUUUCUUAGAUUGUCCAAACUAGCAAAGGAGGAAAAAAUGAAAGUAUGUUUUGAUUGCAUAAAACAUGGAAAAAUGGUCCAACCUGGUAAAAACUGCAGUUUUAUGGGGAAAUUCUUACUCAGUCCUUCACCCCAGCAGCAGCAGCUUAUAGCAUUUACCAUGUGUAGGUUCUCCAUACUAAAUUGCAGGUGGGCCUACAAUUCCCAGCAUACCUCUAUCAGCCAUGCCAGCUGGGGGAUGCUAAGAAUUAGGCUUUUUAACGAGUCAGUCUUAAAGGAGAUCAACCCUGACUGCCCUUUAGAAGGCCAGAUACUGAAGAUGAAACUCAAAUACUU